CUUCUUUAGCAUGCACAUCGGCACCGUCCCCGCGUCCGCAGCAGGGGGACGACAAUGGCUGCAAGUGACGGCACAGGAGCCCAUCUUAGUCGAGCACCCUCCCAGGAUUUUACUACUGUUAUGGCAAAAGAAGGCUAAAGCUGGGAAAGACAACAAUGUCAGGAGCCGGCCGAGGUAAAGAGACCUAAGUUGACAAGCAGGGUUGUGCAGUUAUUUUUCUCUGCUAUUCAUUGAGCAUAUCAGGAGAUUGAUAGACAGUGUGAGAACUGGUACAUAAAAUAAUUUCUUCUGAAUCACAUAGUGGUUCCUAACAUUUAGCAUUUCUAAAAUUUGCCAUUUUUAGCUAGAUCCAAAAUGCAGAGAGGCAAGGUUUAUUUUCCUGGAGGUCCUAUAUUGCAGCUGGUGCUAUUUUGUUAUGUCAAAUUGUGUAUUUUUCCAGCUUCCCUUCCUCAUGUAUGAGCUUGUCUAUGGUGGGAUGGGGAUUCGGAGGAUAAAUGUUAUGGCAGUAAGGAGGUCAAGCGUGAGACGUCACAUGUCAAGGGGAUUUACUAUUUAGUCUCUUCUAAUCAGGUGAAGAGAUACUGCUGGUUUAAACGGAAUCCAUACUUUAACAUGAUUUCUCCCAAUUCAACAAAGUCAGGUACUACUCAUGUUCUUUCAUGCUAUGGAGCUACUCGAGGCAGCAGAACAUUAUCCCACACGGAGAUGGGGAUGGCCAUGCCCGUGUUGAUGCCGUCGGCCGUCGGUGAGAGCAUCACCGUCAACAACGGCUCCAGCGACCUCUCCAGGAGCUUCUCCAUGAGCUCCUCGGGUGACACCAACUCCAACAUCAUGUUCUUCACGCCCGGAAGCAAAAAAGCGAAGGUGCUCAUCGACAGCGACGAUGGCAUGGUCACCAGCCUCAGCAAAAUCGAAUCCCAAGUAGGACAAGCUUCACAUUUUGGCAUGUCAACCACGUCUUUAGACAUGUCCGGCAUGGACGACUAUCUGCAGCUGCAGCAAUACUUCAUCGCCUACACAGUCUGCACCAAGCGUGGCUGCGCCACUCACCCACGAAGCAUCGCUGAGAGGAUUAGAAAGAAGAGCAAGGAAUAGCAAGAGGCUAAGGAGGCUGCAAGACCUCGUGCCCAAUAUGGACAAGGUAACUAAAUCAGUUGAAUUGAUGCACACUGUCAAUUCUGUCACCAUAAAGUUGGGUGCCAUCUGGCAUCUGCAGAGUAUCAAAGCUUCUUCUAGAUCAAAGAAAGCUAAUCCAGAAUCAACCAUAGUCAGUGCAAGAAGGUUAUACAGGGCAGAUGAUAUUUCAUCAGAGAGGUAUACUACAGUGAAAAUAUAAUAAGUGUGCCAGUUUGUGAUGGUUGAGGGGAAAUGUGAGGUUAUAGCAAAGAAUGACAUUCCAAAUUCAAAUCUUCCGGUAGUGGUUGAGCAUGCCUUUCACUGUGAACAUUUAUAUGAUCCUGAU